GCUGAUAACAUCAUCAGCUUCUAAUCAGUUAGAGUUCUCAUUCGAACUAAAACGGACGCGAAUUAUCCUCUCUUCCUUUUCGUUAGAGAAGUCCUUGCAGCAUUCCAAACAUAGUUUGUGACAAGUGUUUUAAAGUACCUUUUCUACACAAAAUAAAUAAAAGAUCCUUAUUUCUUCUUCUUGCUUUCUAGUCAAGGUCCCAUCUUGUUUCGGAAGAUUAAUUUCUAAGUGUGAAACAUCAACUACUCCUCUUUUCUCUUGGGAAUUAAUUCAUCGCUGUGUGUAAAGUGUUUUGUAAUUAAAACAAGCAAAACGGGUAUAAUCUGAUUUUAGUGCGUAUGAUGAUGGAGUGAGUGCGAGUGUCCUUCGGCGGGCGUCAAGCUUGGUGAUGGCAAGCAAGGAUGAGACGACUGGGAAUUAAAUUUUGUCACAAGUUCCUUAAGUGACUCUAUACCAAACGACGACGCGUGUGUACUUACAACUCGGUGGGGGUGAAUGUGCGGAUUUUGUGUGUGUGUUUAAUUUUUUUGUUUGUGAAAAAAAAAAAACUUUUCCCGUCAGGAUACCACAAAACAAUUGCUGGAUUAAAAACGAAAAACGAAUAAAAAAAAAAAAGGAUAUAUCCUGGGAAAUUGGGUCAAAGAUGGAUUAAAAACACACGAGCAUUUCCGGGGAAGUCGUCAUCAUCGUCGUCGUCGCAUCCUUUUAGACAAGUUUUGACUUCUUUGUGUGUUCACGGUUCCAACCCGCAAAAACCCAGAAAAGUCAUAACAUCAAUUAAAAUGACAGACAACCCUUCAGCUCAAGUUCUUCCGCCAUCAGUUCCUCAGUUAUCAACUCAAUGGAAUACCAAAGAGAUUCCAAUUAAUGAAGUCACAUCCUUCAACUAUGACGAUGAAUACCAACAGCAGCAGCAAUAGCAUUGGUGUCAUCAACCAGAACAAAAUUGACGAAAAUAUUAUUAUGACAGAAGCAACUACUAUCAAAGAAAUUACCAAGUGCCGCCGUACAAUUUCAAAUUCAACUUCAACCGAAGCACAUCUCUAUGAUAGCUUUGAAAAUUAAAUAAUUGAUAUUUACUUCCUGGCAAAUAAUAUAACGAAAAACAACCCCCAAGUACUUCCCCAUUUGUCUUAAUUUACCCACAAAACUACCCUCCUUCCACUUUAACAACCACCCAUUAUACAAUUUCCCCCAAAAAACCGCAACAAAAUAGAAAGAUAAGAGAAAGCGAAAGAAUAAAAUCAUCCCCCCUGAAAAAUACUGUACAUAACGGGAUUAUCAUAAGGAAUUCUCUAAUUAGCAACCCCCCAAAUCCUGCCAAUAAAUCACGUUAAAUCUAGGAUAUUGGUUUUUAUUGUUUUUCGUUACUUUUUUUUCGGUUCUAUUUAUUCUUAUACGUUUUUAUUCGCUUCUUUGAGCUUCGUUCCAAAACCUCCCCCCCGCCCCCUCCCCUAAAAUCUAGAAAGGAAAACUAUGAUAACACGACUCUACACAACGGAAGAAGACCCCAAUUUGUGUUCGAUUAUUUGGGGUGCAAACUUGUCGCGUGACGAUGAGAUUGAUGUCAGCAGCAUUAGCGAGGAUGCGCCCACAGCAAAUGGGUUGCAAAUCCAAGAGGAUCCUAGAACAGACGCCUUACGAGAAUUAUCAUAUGGAAUUAUUUUACCCAUCAUUUGUGCUCUGGGGAUUAUUGGUAAUGUUCUCAAUCUUAUCGUCCUGACAAGAAGAAAUAUGCGGGGUACAGCUUAUAUCUAUAUGAGAGGAUACUCCGCCGCAGCUCUUCUAGCCAUUGUCUUUGCUAUUCCCUUCAGUAUUCGAAUUCUCAUACACAAGGACCUCGGCCAAUGGGAGGAAUUCGGUCCAGCAUUUUAUACAGCACAUUUGGAACUAUUUCUUGGCAACGGAUGUUUAGGGGUCGGUGUUAUGAUGCUUUUGGUGCUGACUAUAGAGAGAUAUGUAUCCGUUUGUCAUCCCGGAUAUGUUCGUCCAGUUAUGGGUCCUCCAAGAAUGACUGUUAUUCUGAUACCUGUGGUAACGUUUUUUGUUUACCUACCAAGUGUCUUCCGUGGUGAGCUGAUUAAGUGUGUCCUUCAAGCAGAUGGAACUUUUGUCUAUUUUCGAAGAGAUAAUAGUGAAUUUCUUAGUACGCUAUUUUAUUCGGUGUACAAAGUGAUGCUGGAGGUAAUCUUCAAGCUCGUGCCUACUAUUCUGAUAGCAGGAUUCAAUCUAAGGAUAAUGAUUGUUUACCGACAAACUUGCGAACGACGGCGAAAAAUGAUUUUAUCACGAACGUCAUGUUUUAAGGACGAUGAUCCACGCAAAUUUGCUGAAGAAAGAAGAUUAUUUUUACUUUUAGGAAGCACCUCAGUGUUGUUCCUUGUGUGUGUUUCCCCAAUGGCUAUACUUCAUAUGACGAUAGCACAGGAGUAUCUUUCCAGUUUUUCGUUUCAAGUUUUUCGAGCAUUGGCUAACCUUAUGGAGCUGACAAACUAUUCCAUAACAUUUUACAUUUACUGCCUCUUCAGUGAAGACUUCCGCAACACUCUUAUGAGAACAAUAAAAUGGCCUUGGAUUCCAGCCUCGCUGUGCAAUCAAGCGGAUGAGGUAUCAACUAAAGCCACUCCACUUAUAAAAUUGGAUAAAUUAGCAUUUAGAAACCAUCACAUAACUACAACGUCGGCCCUUUGUACAGCAGCUGGCCGUUCAAGUAGCAUAUGAUCCAAUAGUAUACCUCUGCCAAUUGCAGUUUAAGGCAUAUAAAAUGUUAAGAAA